AACGUGAUAAAAUGUUGCUUUACCUCAUUCCCACACACAGUUUACUCGAGUUCCCUCUUAAUCACUCUUCAAAAAUUCUUCCCAUGUGAAAAUUAAUCACUAAAAUGCGAACUGUGAGACGUGAAGUGCUAGCAAGCUUUGAAAAGCUCUUGGGUUCGUAAUCCCCUGAUUGCAAUUACUAAUGGCAAAGGUCAACUGUGAGACACGAAGUCUAAACAAACCAUGUGAUGCCUUUAGGCGCCUGGUGCCACUUUUAAGAAAGUUUCGCCUGAUGACUCCUGUUUCGACCAACCUGCUAAAGAAUUUAGAACCCCGUGUUUCAGUUGAACUUUACACGGUUUUGGUACCGCGCGUUCAUCAAAUGCGACAUUACUGAACGAUCUAAUAUAAGUAAAGGAUAUCCCUCAAACAUACGGGUUCUGUAAUGUUGUUUUAACCCGUUAUUGUUAGGAAAGAUGGUCUUCUAAAUUAUUUACAUAUUGCUUACUUAGUAUUUAACACGUAAUAAACCUUGGAGUCACAUCCGUGGGUGACGAACAAAGGGAAAAGGAACUCGAGUGAGAAUUAAAGUCCAGAUUUCAUCAUGAGAGGGGCAUUUUUAUUUACCAUUUACCUAUCAGCCUUAGUGGCCCUAGUCACAAUAACCGAAGGAAAACAUGUUUCCCCGACGAAUGAGGAAGGAACAAAAGAUCACCCCCUCCACACUCACGAACACGAAUCUCACUAUCACGAAUCUGGCGUUGGAGAAGAAGAAGGCUCGUUAGAUUGGGGAAGUGGCAGUGGUUCAGGUUCUGGAAGAAAGUACGCAUCCGUCGGAUAUCCCGGCGGGGGAUACCCAUCUCCGUAUCCAUCACCAUAUCCCUCCCCGUAUCCUUCUCCCUACCCCUCUCCGUAUCCAUCACCAUAUCCCUCACCGCAUCCUUCUCCUUACCCCUCCCCGUAUCCAUCACCAUAUCCCUCCCCGUAUCCUUCUCCAUACCCCUCCCCGUAUCCAUCGCCAUAUCCUUCCCCGUAUCCUUCUCCGUACCCCAUGCCUUAUCCCGCUCCAUACCCUUACCCCGCUCGCUACCCUCCCCCUAGUCCAAGUAAGGAGGAAGAAGAAGAAGAAGAAGAAGAAGAAGAAGACGAAGAAGAGGAAGAGAAUGAUAAACCCAGACAUAAGAAACCCAAUAAUGAUCGAAAGAAAAUAGAACAUUGACAAGGAAUCACUUAGAAACGAACUCGUCCAGACUCCCGCUUAAUUAUGGUGUUUAAGUUGUAUGUUGUAUCAAAAUGCACAUCAUCUGUAGUAACUUUGAGGUAGAAAGCAAUAAAAACCAUUCCAC